AUGGCGGAAUACGACGAGAACUACGAGGAGGAGUUCUACGAGGAUGGGGAGGAGGGCAUCACCUCCGAAGACUGUUGGACGGUCAUUUCUUCUUUCUUUGAGUCCAAGGGUCUGGUGUCCCAGCAGCUGGACUCCUUCGAUGAGUUCAUCUCUUCGACGAUGCAAGAACUGGUCGAGGAGCAAGGCCAGGUGACGCUCGAUCAGACGAUCCCGCCCGCGGAAGAUGAAGUCGACCCCGUCGUUCUCCGCCGCUACGAGCUCAAGUUCGGCACCGUGAUGCUGGCCCGACCGUCCAUGACGGAAGGUGAUGGAGCGACGAGUAUCAUGUUACCCAUGGAGGCCCGCCACCGAAACCUGACCUACGCCAGUCCCCUUUAUCUCGGAAUCACGAAAAGGAUCACCGAAGGCCGCGAGCGACCGAUUGCGGAUCGCGAUGAUGAGGACAUGGGGGACGCUGAUGAGGAGCGGAAGAAUCGAGGCACAUACCUGCACUGGGAACAGAAGGAGCUGCCGCCGGACCAAGCCGAAGAGGAGAACGUCUUCAUUGGCAAGAUGCCCAUCAUGCUCAAAUCGAAGUACUGUAUCCUCAAGGAUCUGAGCGAGCAGGCUCUCUACAACUGGAACGAGUGCCCUUACGACUCCGGCGGUUACUUCAUCAUCAACGGAAGUGAGAAGGUCUUCAAGAAGGCACCGCCCAGCCCGACCCCCUAUGUGGCGGAGAUCCGAAGUGCUGUCGAGAAGGGUUCGCGGAUCCUGUCGCAGCUGACUCUGAAGCUGUUUGCGAAAGGCGACACUGCCAAGGGAGGGUUUGGCCCAACGAUCAGGUCGACGCUGCCCUACGUCAAGACCGACAUACCCAUUGUGGUCGUCUUCCGAGCACUGGGCGUUGUGUCGGACGAAGACAUCUUGAAUCACAUCUGUUACGACCGAAAUGAUACCCCGAUGAUGGAGAUGCUGAAGCCGUGUAUCGAGGAAGGUUUUGUCAUCCAGGAUCGUGAAGUUGCGCUUGACUUUAUCGCGAAGAGAGGAUCAUCACAGACGAGCAUGAACCACGAAAGACGUGUGAGAUACGCAAGGGAGAUUAUGCAGAAGGAGUUCCUUCCUCACAUCUCACAAAGUGAGGGAAGUGAGACUCGGAAGGCUUUCUUCUUGGGCUACAUGGUCCACAAACUUCUCCAGUGUGCCCUGGGUCGUCGCGAUGUUGAUGACCGAGACCACUUUGGCAAGAAACGUCUUGAUCUAGCCGGUCCUCUGCUCGCAACUCUCUUCCGGACUCUCUUCACUAGGCUCACAAGAGACCUGCAGCGCUACGUGCAGCGGUGUGUUGAGACCAACCGCGAGAUCUACUUGAACAUUGGUGUCAAGGCCAGCACCCUGACGGGAGGCUUGAAAUAUGCCCUCGCCACCGGUAACUGGGGUGAGCAGAAGAAAGCGAUGAGUUCCAAGGCUGGUGUGUCACAGGUGCUGAGUCGCUAUACGUACGCCUCUACUCUGUCGCAUCUUCGUCGAACCAACACCCCCAUCGGUCGAGAUGGAAAGAUUGCCAAGCCCCGUCAGCUGCAUAACACACACUGGGGUCUUGUUUGCCCUGCCGAGACGCCUGAAGGUCAGGCUUGUGGUCUGGUCAAGAAUCUGGCGCUGAUGUGCUACAUUACUGUGGGUACGCCCAGCGAGCCCAUCAUCGACUUCAUGAUCCAGCGUAAUAUGGAAGUGCUGGAGGAGUUUGAGCCUCAAGUUACACCCAACGCCACUAAGGUGUUCGUCAACGGUGUUUGGGUCGGCGUACACCGUGAUCCUACGCACCUGGUCAACACGAUUCUCUCCCUUCGCCGGCGUAACAUGAUCUCCCACGAGGUCAGCUUGGUUCGGGACAUCCGUGACCGGGAGUUCAAGAUCUUCACCGAUGCCGGUCGUGUCUGUCGGCCGCUCUUUGUCAUUGACAAUGACCCGAAGAGUGAAAACUGCGGAAACCUGGUUCUCAACAAGGACCAUAUCCGCAGACUGGAGAUGGAUCGGGAGUUGCCACCGGAUUUGGAUCCGGAAGAGCGGCGAGAACGGUAUUUCGGCUGGGAUGGUCUCGUCAAGUCGGGUGUCGUCGAAUAUGUGGAUGCGGAAGAAGAGGAGACGAUCAUGAUUGUCAUGACCCCCGAGGAUCUGGAGAUCCAAAAGCAGCUCCAGGCAGGCUACGCAUUGCCUGAGGAGAGCGGGGACCCGAACAAGCGAGUGCGUUCGGUUCUCAGCCAGAAGGCUCACACCUGGACGCACUGUGAGAUCCACCCCAGCAUGAUCCUGGGUAUCUGUGCCAGCAUCAUCCCCUUCCCCGACCACAACCAGUCUCCUCGUAACACCUAUCAGUCUGCUAUGGGUAAACAAGCUAUGGGUGUCUUCCUGACCAACUUUGACCAGCGGAUGGAGACGAUGGCCAACAUCCUGUACUAUCCGCAGAAGCCACUGGCAACUACCCGAUCUAUGGAAUUCCUCAAGUUCCGAGAGCUGCCGGCCGGCCAGAACGCCAUCGUUGCCAUCGCCUGCUACUCGGGCUACAACCAAGAAGAUUCCGUUAUUAUGAACCAAAGCAGUAUCGACCGCGGCCUGUUCCGCAGUUUGUUCUACCGCACCUACACGGAGAGCGAAAAGAUGGUCGGCUUGACCGUCGUCGAGCGGUUCGAAAAGCCGAUGCGGUCCGACACCAUCGGUAUGAGAAAGGGUACCUACGAUAAGCUCGAUGACGACGGUAUCGUCUCACCGGGUGUUCGUGUGAACGGUGAGGAUAUCAUCAUCGGCAAGACGGCGCCUCUGGCACCCGAGUCCGAGGAGCUGGGUCAGAGAACCAAGGCUCACACGAAGCUGGACGUGUCUACGCCGCUGAGGGCGACCGAGUCGGGAAUUGUCGAUCAGGUCCUCAUCACCACGAGCAACGACGAUCUGAAGUUCGUCAAGGUCCGGAUGCGGACGACCAAGAUCCCGCAGAUUGGCGACAAGUUCGCGUCUCGCCACGGACAGAAAGGAACGAUCGGUAUCACGUACCGACAAGAGGACAUGCCCUUCACGCGAGAGGGCAUUGUCCCCGAUCUGAUCAUCAACCCGCACGCCAUCCCGUCGCGGAUGACCAUUGCGCACUUGAUCGAGUGCCAGCUCAGCAAGGUGUCGGCGCUGCGUGGGUUCGAAGGUGACGCGACGCCCUUCACGGACGUGACGGUCGACUCGAUCUCGCGACUGCUCCGCGAGCACGGCUACCAGUCGCGUGGAUUUGAGGUGAUGUACAACGGUCAUACGGGACGCAAGCUGGUCGCGCAGGUGUUCUUGGGCCCCACGUACUACCAGCGUCUGCGGCACAUGGUCGACGAUAAGAUCCACGCCCGUGCCCGGGGACCGACGCAGAUCCUGACGCGGCAGCCGGUGGAAGGUCGAGCGCGAGACGGUGGUCUGCGGUUCGGAGAGAUGGAACGCGACUGUAUGAUCGCCCACGGCGCAAGUGCCUUCCUGAAGGAGCGUCUCUUUGAUGUGUCGGACCCGUUCCGCGUCCACAUCUGCGACGACUGCGGGUUGAUGACACCGAUAGCGAAACUCAAGAAGGGCCUCUUCGAGUGUCGCUUGUGUAACAACAAGCACCGGAUCUCGCAGGUCCACAUUCCGUAUGCCGCCAAGUUGCUCUUCCAGGAGUUGGCGGCCAUGAACAUUGCAGCGCGCAUGUUCACCAACCGGUCCGGCGUGUCUGUGCGGUAA